GCUUUGCGCUUUAACUACACGCUGAGGUGCCAAGUUCUCGCCAAAUCGCAAUAGACAUCAGACGGGCAUAGACGAGCACACAACAGAAAAAGUAUUUGUACGUGUACUACGACUUUCAGGUUAAAAAACUAGACUUCGACUGUGUAACAGGCUGUGCACUAAAUAUUUAAUAGUGUUUAAAAGAUUAAUAUAAAAUUAUAAAAUGAAACUCUUCUUCGGCUUACUGUUGGCAUCAGUGGCUUUGGGAGCUGUUUUUGGUUUACCGGCCGGCUCUCCAAGCGAUGACGCUGAAGUGAUUGAUGUGCCACGUCGUCAAGGAGCUAACAGACGCGGUUAUGAUGAAGAUUCGGAUGAAGGUUCUGCUGGUGAAACUGACUUCAGAGAUUUCAAAGGUGUUAUAGAUACCGGUGUGGGUUACCCAUUCCUGCAGCCACACCCGUUGCCGUUCUCCUUCAAUUUGGGCUUCUUCGAUGCUUUUGAAGACAUCUUCCAACGCCUACGUAAUCAACUUUGGUCUCAGGCCUUACCAGAUGGCGAAACAAUCUCAUCGCUUGAUCCCUCCAAAGGCAAUACCACAUCAACAGUGAAGGUCGUCGAUGGUCAUAAGAUCGAAGUGAACGAGACUGUAUAUGGCGAUGGUGACAAUCUCUUCAAAGUACGUUUGGUCAACAUUCGCCCGAUUGGUUCGGAUGAAGAUGUUGCCGAAACACCCGAAGCGAAUGCCAACGGCCCGAAUCCCGUUACAUCAGCGCCAACCAAAGGCGCUGAAGAGAGCGAGUCGGAUGAACGUCGCGAACCGUUAGAGAAGAAUUCGUAUGAGAAUGAAAUUAAACGUAACAUUGAUGAGCCUGAGGUAAAAUAUUAAAUGAAGGCAGAAAGAAAUAUUUUCAAUUAUCUCAAAUGAAUUUAAUUCAAACAAUAAUAACCUUGUAAAGUUUAACAUACUUUCUUUAAUUUUUUUUAUUUCAUUCAUAAACUUUUCAUCAAUUGUAAAGUUCUGAAACUAAUAUGACUAUCUUCUCUGCUUUUGUACUGUAAAAAUUUAAAACAUUUUUUUUAAUAUAUCUAAAUAUAUAUAACAACGCAACAUAUGUAUAUAAUAUACUCGCUUAUGCAUAUGUAUUACUUUAAUUAUGUAUUAUGCUGAUUAUACUUUAUCGAAUAUUACCGCAAUCUCAAAAAACGGCAUUUACGGAACUACAAUUUUGAAAAUGCAUAAUUUAGUGGCUUUUAUGGUUUUUGAAAAAUUUAUCCACAUACAUACUUACUAACAAUGAAUGCUUAUGUAUUGAUUUCUACAAAGUUUUGCUGGAACUAAUAUUUGUAUUAUAUUAUAUAUGCAAAGAAGAAAAAAAUAUAUAAAUACUUAAUAAAACAAUA